AUGGCAAAGAACAUCGACUCUUUUGAACAACUUACGACCCGAAUCGGAUGUCUGCGGAUGAGAAGAUGUGGUCCAACACCAGCUUUGACUAUCUUCGUCGCUUACGCUCCAACAUCAAGCUACGAUGAAGAAGAAGUCGAAGCUCUCUAUAUAGACCUGAAGAAGUUCUACCGAGAAGGUCAUGCCUUCUACAAGGUCAUAAUUGGCGAUUUCAACGUCAAUGUUGGCCCAAGAAGAACGCCGGAGGAGCUUCACAUCGGGACCCAUGGCCUACAAUGGAACGAUCAGGGGGAGAGGCUCUCCGAGUUCAUCAUGACGACUAAGACCAUCCAUGGGAACUCGCAAUUCCAGAAGCCCUCCUCUCUACACUGGACGUCGGAGUCACCCGGUGGAGGGUACCGUAAUGAAAUAGACCACAUCAUCGACGAUAGAAGGUUCUGCCUGACGGACGUCGCUGUUGUACCAAAGUUCUAUACGGGAUCGGACCAUCGCCUCCUCCGAGGAAGAUUUUCUUUCACAAGGAGAGCAGAGAAAGCCGCCAAGUUCAAAAGAAGAAAUCCUAGAACUAUCAUCAACUGGGACCUCUUCGCUACGUUAGCAGGCUUUUAG